UAGAGUGAUUAACUGGAACAUUUAAGCUGGCUUCCAACUGACAAGAGUUCUUCCCUCACCCUGGACUUCCCACAGAUAUAUAUAAACAUUCCUUGCUUAGUUUUUCCAUCCCUCACAACCUCUGAGGAUGCCUGCCAUAGAUGUGGGUGAAACGUCAGGAGAGAAUACUUCUGGAAUAUGGCCACAUAGCCCGAAAGACAUACAACAACCCAGUUGUAAUGUUAAUCUCUGAUAUGCAGGAUGUAUUUUCAUUCACCAGACCAAGUCUGGCACAAAUAUCCGAUACAUCCAAAUUUGAAAACUGGUGGGGUUGGGGGAGGGGCGGAAUGAUUUUGUAAUUUGGAAGUUGUAGUUGCUGGGAUUUAUAGUUCACCUACAAUCAAAGAGCAUUUGAAACUCCACCAAUGAUGGAAUUGAACCAAACUUGGCACACAGAACUCCCAUCACCAUAGAAUCAUAGAAUAGUAGAGUUGGAAGAGAAUUCAUGGGCCAUCUAGUCCAACCCCCCCGCUAAGAAGCAGGAAAUCGCAUUCAAAGCACCCCCGACAUAUAGCCAUCCAGGAAAUACUGGAAGGGUUUGGUGGGCAUUGACUUUGAGUUUAGGACUUGUAGUUCACCUACAUCCAGAGAGCACUGUGGACUCAAACAAUGAUGGAUCUGAACCAAGCAUGACACAAAUACUCAAUAUGCCCAAAUUUGAACACUGAUGUAGUUUGGGAGUUCUAGUUGCUGGGAUUUAUAGUUCACGUACAACUGAAGAGCCCCUUGAACCCCACCAAUGAUCGUAUUGCGCCAAACUUCCCACAAAGAACCCCCAUGGCCAACAGGAAAUACGACCCCUCUGAACCCCCUUCAGGGGUCCCAUUCAGAAACGCUGUUCAAGUGUAUUCCCAUGAGCUCAUUCAUCUUGUUUUGUUUGCAGGCCCCACCAAUUCUCCCAGGUUUUCCACUUUGAAUGUCAUUUGAGAGAAGAGGUGGACAUAUCUUCAUCUAGUUUGGAGGCAGCCUAGAAGCGCAGAAGAAGAAUGGAAGGGCGGGAGCCAGCUGCCACCCAGUUAGAAGUAUUUCCUUCUGCUGUUGAGGCAGAGAACAAUAGAGCACCCUGGGGGGACCCUUGGAGGAAAGACCAGGAGAGCAGCAUCCUCCAUUCCGACCUUCAGUGCCAGCGCUUCCGGCAUUUCCGCUAUGAGGAGGCCUUGGGGCCCCGGGAGGUUUGCAGCCGCCUCCACUCUCUCUGCUGCCGGUGGCUGAAGCCAGAGCGACACUCCAAGGCUGAGAUGCUGGACCUGGUGCUCCUGGAGCAGUUCCUGGCCGUCCUUCCUGCGGAGACGGAGCGCUGGGUGAGGGAAUGUGGGGCAGAGACCAGUUCCCAGGCCGUGGCUUUGGCUGAAGGAUUCCUCCUGAGUCAGGAAGAGGAGAGGAAGAGGGAGAAGCCACAGGUGCAGGACUCUUUUCCAGAUGAAACCAACCAGGGGGAGGAAUCUGUUUCACACAUUUGGCUCGUCCAUAUUGGAGAAGGAGAAUAUAUCAUAGCCGGCAGUGAAACAUGGGGAAUUGAUAGUAGCACAACUUUCCAUGAUUCUUUUCUAAGAAGCGAUUCUGCAGGAUCAGAUCAGGUGAUAUUUGAAGAUGUGUCUGUGGAUUUCUCAGAGGAGGAGUGGGCCCUCUUGGAUCCAAGCCAAAAAGCCUUGCACCAGCAAAUCAUGGAAGAGAAUUUAGGGAUUGUGUCAUCCCUGGGUAAAGCUCCAUUAUGCUUGUAGUUAACCAAAUCAGUUUACAAGUUCUCAGAAUUAUCUAGUGUUUCAGAUCUCUUCCUCUGAAGCCAUAGAAAACAAGCUCAUUCCAUAUCCAUAUAGGGGCCAGCCCAAGAAAACUAUUGGCACUUGGGUGGAGUUGCCACAUUAGAUUAAUUCUAGACCAUGGUUGUGAUGUUGGUGAGAGUAAGAGAAGUGCUUCUCUUGAGGAUUGUAGUGCCCAGGUAGGUUUGUAUAGGGAGAUACAAUCAAACAGGCUGAACCUGAGGUCUUUAUAGGUCAUAACCACCAAUUUGAAUUGUGUCUGGGGGAAAAAUUAGCAGCCAGUGGAACCAUGGCUGUAAAUAAUAAUAAUAAUAAUUAGUACUAUUAUUUUAUUUCUUACCCGCCUCUCCUCACAGCUUGAGGUGGAUUACAACAUCGCUAAAACACAUAAUCAAAACACAUAAUCAUUUAAAAACACAUAUUUAAAUAUAUUGAAAUACAGAAAAAACAGACGUGGAGUUGAAAUUUAAAAUCCAUCAUUAGAACUGUCUGGGUAGGCCUCCUGGAAGAGAUAGGUCUUCACUUGUGUCUUAAAUUUAAAUAGCUAAUCUAGCUGUUGGAGCUCUAAUGGCAGGUAAUUCCACAGUCUUGGGGUGGCCGAUGAAAAGGCCCUCUGGAUGGAGGAUGCCAGUCGGUUUCUGGCAGGCUGGAGCAGACGCCCCCCCAGAGGACCUAAGUGUUUGGGGCUGAUAGUACGGGAGAAGGCAUUCCUGUAGGUAACCUGGACCCAAAUCAUGUAGGACUGUAAAGGUCACAACCAACACUUUGUACUUUGCCCAGAGUCUAAUUGGUAGCCAGUGGAGUGGCAUUAGGAUAUGUGUAAUAUGUUCGCUCCUGGAUCUUCCUGCAACGAAAGAGGCUGCCGUAUUUUGAAACAACUGGAAUUUCUGAACUUGGUACAAAUGUAUCCCGAUAUAAAGCCCAAUAAUGACUUGUGUUCUCUCUGUUACCAGACCUAAUUAACAGUGACUGCAAUUCUUUGGACCACCUAAAGGUUUUAAAAAUCUUCAAAUGCUACCCCAGGUAGAGUGUAUUAUAAUAAUCCAGAUGGGAUAUAAAAGACAUGUAACACCAGGGGAAGUUGUAUGUCUUUUGGGCUGUGUGGCUAUGUUCCAGAAGUAUUCUCUCCUGACGUUUCACCCACAUCUAUGGCAGGCAUCCAUAGAUGUGGGCGAAACGUCAGGAGAGAAUACUUCUGGAACAUGGCCACACAGUCCGAAAGACAUACAACAACCCUGUGAUCCCGGCCAUGAAAGCCUUCAACAACAUCAGGGGAAGAUUUGGCCUCUCAAGGAAUAGGCGCAGUAGGUGCAAAAAUUUGUAAUGUGCAAGGCACUCCUGGCCAUGGAGUAACCCCCCAAACUGUGGAACAGGCUGAAUAUUCCCUUAAUCUGCCUUCUGACUGACCUGUAGCACCUCUGUCUGUUCUGGAUUAAGUUUCAAUUUGCCCCCUCCAGCCCAUUACUGGUGAGAGACAUUGGUUUAGUUGGAAAGGAGGAGUAGAGCUUGGCGUCAUCUGCCCAUAGAUGGCACCACACUCCAGAACUCUGGAUGAGCUCUCCUGUAUCUGUUAAUUACAUAGGGGACAAACAGAUGCCCGGGGGAUCCCACAGUCAAUGGGCAAGGGAUCGAACAGGAAUCCCCCAUCAGCACUUUCUGGGUUUGCCUCUCCAGGAAGGAAAAGAGCCACUAUAAAAUGUCUCCAGUUCCCAUCUACAAAGGAAGGAUACCAUCGUUGAUGCUAUUAAGAACUGCUGAAAUGUUGAUUGGAGUCUAUAGGGACACGUUCUCCACAUCUGUCUGUGUCCCUUUGUGGGCCGCCAACCAAGGUUGCCAAAGCAAGUUGUCGCAUAAGCAGGUUUCCUUGAGUGGCUCAAACCACUGUAAUUCAGCCUUUCUCUUUUCCUCCUUCUUUCCACUUUGCAGAACAUUAUUAUCUUUUCCAAUGAGGUGCAAUAUCCCAUGUUGAUGUCCAAACUGGGAUGGCCUUUGUUUGGCCCCUUCAACUCUCUAGUGAGAAUUCAGUUAGUCAGGUUCAUUCCCGCUCAUGUGUACAGCCUCCAGGAGAGAGCGAGGUUGUACAUGCCAAGCCUUGAAGAGAAGUGAAUCUACAUACAUGCGCCCUCUUUCUCCCUCUAUAUAUACACCUAUUUUAGUCUUUGGGGCUAAAGCUCCAAGAGGAGUGACUUUUUUAAAUAAAAUGUGGCCUGUAUUUUAAA